CGCGGUGGUGAGCCAAGGGUGAGAUUCCUUCUCGAGAAGGACAAGCGGGAGCAGCGGCACAGACUUUGCAUUUCACUUCUACCAAAUUUUCGUUAGCGCGAACUGUGAGCCGAGUAGGCACAGAUCGUGAGGCAUGAGGUCCUGGUUGCUAUGGUUGUUUCUUCUGUUGGUCGUCUUAGCCGAUAGGAGCUUCGCUAAUCCUUAUUUCGAUGAUGGUGAAGAUGUAGAUGAUCUUCAAGCUGACGACUCCUCGGAUUAUAUAGACACUUUGGAAAAUCUGAUGCGAGUGGCACAAAAACGUACCUCGUCGAUAAACUUGUUUAGGCGGGCUUGCAUAAGGCGUGGUGGCGACUGUUAUCACCGACGGAAGGACUGCUGCUACAGCUCUAGCUGCCGUUGCAAUCUCUGGGGUUCUAAUUGCAAGUGUCAACGGAUGGGUCUCUUUCAGAAGUGGGGCUAAACGAUAUCCUCCCUUUUUCUCUUUUUUCUCUCAUAAAUCUAAUUUCUACAUU